CACGUGCCACUUUCACAUCGGUUUUCUACAUCUCAUUCAUGACUUUGACCUGACCCUUGUUUACAAUGCCAAAGUGUUUAGGUUAGAUAUGGCAAGUCCUUCGAAAGCAGAAAGCAAUGCCCGGACUCUAUGCAACGAAGCUUUAAGCCUUGUGGGGCAGUUGAAGGUGAGAUUGGGUGAAACCUCUGAUGGAGACAAGACUAAAGUUGAGCAGAGUCAUUCAGAGAGAGGACAGAAAACUCCUGGGAUUGCAGUAGCCUCGGCUAAAAAGCCUGCUGGACUAAACAUGGUCUCCAAAGGUGAUGGAUCUGAGACAGGAAAAGAAGCUGUAAAAGAUGGCACAUCGAGUGGUGUAAUGACACAAGAUGAGAAAGCUGCAUUGCGGAAGGCAAACAAGGCAGCAAAGAAACAGAAGAAGGAAGGAGGGGGCAAAAAGAAAGAUGAGCCCAAGAAAGCCCCUCAGGAGUCUCAAGAAAUUGAAACUAGUACAAUGGCUGGAGAGAAGAGCAAAGCUGAACUGAGAAGGGAGAGGAGAGCUGCACAGGAGUCACAACGAGCAGCCAAGGAUCAGAAAAAAAGUGAAACUGCUCCUAGGGAGAAAAAGGACAUUUCAAUAGUUACAAAGACUACUGAAGCAGAGAGGAAGGAUUCCCCUAAGAGAUCAACUCACUCACCAUCCAAGGAAACAAGAAAGUUAGGGGUGGAUUCUAAUAAGGCUGCAGCUGAAAGUGGUGGUAAGCCUAUCACCAGCAUAGGAGUAAGUUCAACCAGAAGACUCCAGCUCUUCUCCCACUUGGUGCAACACGAGAAGAGGACCAUAGCACCCCCUCAACUCAUGUGGAAUAAAGCAAAGCUGCAUCCAGCAGUAGCCACAGUUGGUCUUCAGAUCUCCCAGGGCUUGGUGCAGGGGUCCAAUGCCAGAGCUCUUGCCAUGCUCCAUGCAUUCAAAAAGGUUCUGUAA